CAUUAAUAGUUGUAAAUUUAGGAGUUACCCGGGUGUUAUCAGACAGCAUGAUUUAAAGCCAGCAGGUUCGAUAUAUCUCAUAGUACGUUACCCACAUUACCGAGUGAUCGAAGUUAAUGUACCUACGCCGCGAGAUAGCGGUGUUUGCACAGUGAUAUGCCGCCGGGGGUUCGCUACGCGCGCCAUCAUCACAUUCCUACCGACGACCUUAAUUUAACACCGCAUUUGUGAGUUUGUAGCAUGGAACAGUAGUGAAGUGAGUGAGAAGUGCGCGUGAACCGUGUGGGUCACUCAAUCGGUGCGCCGAUAUGUUGUUGAAUGGUGCAGUGAGCGGGCCUGCAGUACAACGGAGACGCUCAGGUCUCUGCGCAGCUCGAUGCUGUCGUGGGGCACGGGCAGGGCAUCCGGCGGCGGCUCGAAGGCCCGGCCGCCGGCGCCGAGCGCCGUGCCCCGCGCCAGCGAUGAGGAGUCCGACAGCGACGCCGGUGCCGAAGGCGCGCUGCUCGCGGGCGCCGCCGCCCUGGCUCGAAGACGACACGCCAUAAGAAUCAAAAGGAAAUCAAAAAUAGCUUUUCGAGUAUUAAGACGCACGGGCGAAGAAGCCGGCGGAGCGCGAGUGCUGCGCACGACGCCCGACUGGGGCGAGGGCGCCGUGAGCGGGGAACACCUGUGGAUGGCCUCCACCGUCUCAGGGGAAAGCUGCUACCUCGGCGAAGCGGAAUGCCAGCGCUCGACGCUGGACUGGGACGAGGACGCCGUGAGCGGGGAACACUUGUGGAUGGCCUCCACCGUCUCAGGGGAAAGCUGCUACCUCGGCGAAGCGGAAUGCCAGCGCUCGACGCUGGACUGGGGCGAGGGCGCCGUGAGCGGGGAAUACCUGUGGAUGGCCUCCACCGUCUCAGGGAAAAGCUGCUACCUCGGCGAAGCGGAAUGCCAGGUGAGGCACACUUUCUAA